UCGAGUGCGACGCGAGCCACGCUAACAUCGUAUUCCCCCAUUUUAAUGCGCUCACUUUCGUGCAUCGUCUCAGUCGGUAAGGUUGGAUAGAGAGACCUCUCUAAAAGCUAAACUUGUGUGUUUUUUUCUACAAGUAUACCGCGAUUUGUAAAGUAAAGGGCUAUUUCUGUUGAAAACCCACGUUGCAGUCUGAACAGUCGGAGUGAUACAAAAAUAGUGAAUUUGGGUUAUCCGACUGAUGAACUGUGAGUAGGCGCCAUUUGUGAAAAUAGUAUUUCAAAGGCGAUCUACGCCCAAGCCAGACAUACCAAUCAUUAUAAAUAGCUGCCGUGCAGUGUUCCGAGUCUGCCUGAAUGUGAAAUAGUGCCAAAAACUACGACAAACCAAUUAGGAAGAAAGUGAAUUAGCGUAGUUUGAUAGUAGCGUUUUGUAGUGCUUCAGCAGGUAAAGCAAUACCUUCAUUGAACAACGUGAAGCCGUCGAGCAAAACAGAACACUCAAGUCCUUCGUGCUCGUGUCGACCUGGUUGCGUUCAUUCAACUGUGUUGAAUCGCGUCGAAUAGGGUUCUAAAUUCUGGUUUUGGAACUGCCCCGCUGUGGCUUCCCUUCGGUAGCGCGCGUAACUGCCUCAAGACGUUCUCCCUCAGAAUGGAUAUCUACUACAUGAGCGACAGUAUCCAGUAUGGGUCCUUUCGGAACCCGCUCUACCGGGACUAUGAGAAGUUCCCCUACGGUACACUGGAGAACCCUCUUAACAGUCCCCCAAAAAGCGGCAGCCAGCACAUUCAGAAGCACCAGCAACAGCAGAGGGACGUGACUCAAGGCAAAUCAAAGUCCAAAUCGUCUAAGGACGCGUGUCCCUUCUGUAAGGAUCAAAAGAAGCGUCCUCUAGGGGCGUACCUCCGUAAGCGGGGUCAACGCAUUACUAGCGAGAGCAUCUCCGAAGAUGUCGAAGAGUGCCUGGAGGAAGAGCACGAAGAAGCGACGACCACCACUGCCGGAAGUCCAAGUAACAACGAGCUUUCGAGUCACAGCCACCAUCUGCAACAUGAACAAAGCCACCAGGUAGUAGCCGGUGGAAGGUACUCCCGCCAGGAGUCCAACGAGAGCGAUGUCAAAUAAUACCAUGCACUGUCACAUAUAUACUUUACUCUAGCCUGUAAGAAACAGCGGUUUUCUAACUUCAGUUUCAUAAGUAUAUUUUCUAUACUAGCUGUAAGAUUAACAAACUAUGUGCAAGUUAAACCCGAGAAUUAUUCCGAGCCCAGCAAAUUGGAAGCUAAUCUUGUGAGUUUAGAACACUCAAACACUAUAUCCCCGUUAUCGAUGAAGAAAAGCCGUUAGAACAAAUAAUAGUUUCAAUGAAACGAAACGGUGGGGCAUAAAUAAAUAACAUUCAAUAAAAUAAUGCAAUCGGAGAAAUGAGGAAAAGACUGACCUUCAAUCAAUGAAAAUUGAGUACCUUUCAUCAAUGCAAAGUGAUGAUAACGUAAAUGGAAUCAAAAAAUGCUACACCGCAAUCCAUUCGUAAGUGCAAUCAUGCAAUUCUGCAACUAGUACUAAAACACUGCUGAAAAGUGGCAUUUGUCUCAUUUUCCAAUGGAACACACACUGUUCUCCAUCUCACUUUACUAGAUUAUGAACAGAAGUAGUCAUUCUUUUUCUCGAUGUACAUUCGUAAUAGUAGUGUGGAAUGCACGCAUACGGUAUGAUAGCUUUUACAAGUAAUAAUAUUUAAUCUGUUAGGCUUAACGCAUCUAUUUACAUAAUACUAUUGUAUUUUCUGUUAGUCGUAAGAAAACUAAUUGAAUUACUGUUUUUUGGAUGCAUAUACUUAUUGUUGAAUAAAUGUGCAGCUUACUAUUGGAAA